GUUGAUGAUUUUGUUAAUAAUAUUAACAAAAAUUCUAAUCCAUUAAAUAUAUAUAAGUAUAAUUUUGCUUCAAAAUUAAAAAUAGAGUGGAUUUCAUAUUCUCGAAUUACAAAUUUAAAGGAAAUAGCAGAAGGAGGAUAUGGUAAAAUUUAUAAAGCGUCAAUAAAUGGAAAUAUUGUCGCGGUUAAAGAGUUUCUAAAUUCUCAAGAUCCUAGUAAAUAUUUUUUAAAUGAGAUCAAAUCACUUUAUCAAUGUUAUGAUAAUAAAUUUGAAUAUAUUAUUAAAUGUCAUGGUAUUACAAAAAAUCCUACGACAAAUAAAUUUAUGUUUAUCAUGAAGUAUGCAAAUGGAGGUGAUUUGCAUAAUUAUUUACAAGAGAAUUUUACAAAGAUUACAUGGAAGAAAAAAAUGCAUAUCUUAUGGAGGAUUUCGGAUGGGCUUCAAACUAUUCAUGAAAAAGAUUUUAUACAUCGAGAUUUUCAUAGUGGUAAUAUAUUAGUUGAAAUAACUGAAAUUGAUUCAUGUAUAAUUGACCAAUAUUUGAUUGGAGAUUUAGGAUUAUCACAACAUGCAAAUAAUACAAGCAAUGAAAUAUAUGGAGUUAUACCAUACAUUGCUCCAGAAAUAUUUAAAGGAGUUGCAUUUUCAAAAGCGUCUGAUAUUUACAGUAUGGGUAUGAUUAUGUGGGAAUUAACAACUGGUUGUAAGCCUUUUGCUAACAUUGUACAUGAUACUGAUUUAAUUUAUAAAAUUAUUGAUGGAGAAAGGCCUAAAAUUACAGAUGAUACUCCCGAAGAUUUCGCUAAUUUAAUGAAAAAAUGU